AUGUUUACUAUGUUAGUACGACAGCACGCUAAGAAGACUGCGUUUUAUAAUGUUAAAUGGAAAUUAGUUACACGAAACAUGACUUUUACUGGGAACACAGCGGGGGUUCCUUCUGCAAAUGAGCAGAGGUUAACUAGAGGUGCUUCUGAGGAUGUGAUGAAAAGAAACACAACAGUGGAAGGUGGACAUUCGCCAAUGGAUAGUCGCAUGAUUGCAGGGAUUGCUGUCCCAUCAAGACCGUUUCAACCAGAAAAUUGCUGUAUGUCAGGAUGUGUAAACUGCGUUUGGGAUAUUUACAGCGAGGAUAUCAAAUAUUGGAGAUUGAAGCGACUUGAGGCUGUGGAGAAGGUUACUGCGACAUCAGAGGUUUGGCCUGAAGAUUGGGAUCCUCCCUUGAAACUACUACCAAUGAAGAAUAUUCCAAAAUCUUUGAAAUCGAAGAAAUUGGAAUAUGAAGAAUUAGUGAAGAACGCUUCAAUCGAUAAAGUAAAUGGUUUAUUCCCUCCAAGGAAACAUUCCCUUCCGAAGAGUGUCAUUGAGGCAAAGAAAAGGAACCUUAUUAAGAAAACACAAGAAAAUCUUAAAGCAGAAGAAGUCGAUAAUGAUGGAUGGAAUGAUAUUCCUGUGUCGAUUAAAGCAUUUGCUGAAUUCGAAAGAAAGAAAAAGUUAUCCAAAGUGCAUUGA